UACACAACGUACGGAUGAAUACAGGUUGUGUAGUGUGCCUGAGUGUGGAUCAGUGGAAAUACUAAACGGCAGCCACGCUAAAUAAUUGUGUAAAAAUUAAAAUCGUAAUUAGUUGAGAUACAUUUUAAGCGAACAGAAGUUCUUUACAAUCCUAAACAAAAUUAGAAAACUUAUAAAUUUUAUUAAAAAAUAAAAGAAGAAAAAAAACUGAAAAAGUAUCUCUGCCAAUUAAAAAACUAAAAUAGUUGUUAAAUUUGUUAUUUUCUGUUUUAAAUGUACAUAAGUAUGAAUGUAUAUAUAGUGAUAAGAUAAUUGAACUUUGUUGUUUUUUGUUAGUAGAUUUUAUUUACAAUUUUUUUUAUUGUUCGCUUAAAAUAUUCCGCACCAUACUGGGAGGCCUUUUAACUGGUACUACAUAUUCAUUAUUUUUAAAUUGCAACUGUAAGUGAAGGUGAUAAGACAUCAUUUUCAUUCAAAUCACUUGUUUGUUGAUGUUGACUUUAUAUUAAUAUUAAUUAAAUAUAAAAAAAAAAAACAUUAACAUAAAUAAAAAACAAGUAAACAAUGCCGAAAAUCUAUUUUAUUGGUGUUGAUGUUGGUACUUCAUCGGCUCGUGCUGCUUUGGUCACAUCAGAUGGUAAAGUUUUAAAACAAGCCGUUCAAAAUAUACGCAUUUGGAAUCCAGAACAUGAACAUUUCGAACAAUCAUCAGAUGAUAUUUGGAAUGCAGUCUGUAAUUGUGUUAAGAAUGUGAGCAGCGAUGUUGCCAAAGAGGAAAUUGUUGCCAUAUCAUUUGAUGCCACCUGCUCAUUAGUGGUUUUGGGAGAAAAUGGAGAACCUCUGUCUGUGAGCAACAGUCGGCAGCCGGAACAAAAUAUCAUAUUAUGGAUGGACCAUAGAGCCCACAAAGAAGCUGCUCAAAUCAAUGACACCAAACAUGAACUACUAAAGUAUGUGGGCGGUCAAGUUUCGGUCGAAAUGGAAUUACCCAAAUUGAUGUGGUUAAAAAAUAAUCGUUACCUCUCGACCUUUACAAAAUUGUGGCGGGCAUUUGAUUUGCCAGAUUUUCUGACCUGGCGUAGUACCGGCUGUGAUACAAGGUCUUUGUGUUCGGUAGUCUGUAAGUGGAAUUAUGAUGCUGUCAAAAUGGAAUGGAAUACAGAUUUCUUCAGAGAAAUUGGUCUGGAGGAUCUCCUCAAGAACCAGGCGGAAAUAAUAGGAAGUGAAGUAAAGGAACCAGGUACGCCGGUGGGUAAAGGUUUAAGUGAACAAGCUGCCAAUGAAAUGAAUUUACUACCGGGUACUGUUGUGGGCACCUCGCUGAUAGAUGCUCAUGCUGGCGCUUUGGGCAUGUUUGGUUGCCGUUCAACCGAGUACAACUGUGAGUUGGAAGGAAAAUUGGCUUUAAUUUGUGGCACCUCUACGUGUCACAUGAGUUUGACUAAAAAGCCCUGUGAGGCUAAAGGAAUUUGGGGUCCGUAUCGUAGUGCCAUAAUACCGGGUUAUUAUUUAAAUGAAGGUGGCCAAAGUGCAGCUGGCUUAUUGUUGGAUCAUGUUAUUAAAACGCAUCCACAGUAUAUGCAUAUAAAAAUGAAAUUAAAUGAUAAUGAGCAUAUCUACACAUAUUUGAAUAGAUUGUUAAAGAGUAUGGCAAAAGAACGGGGUCUAGAUGAUGCCUGUUAUUUGACCAACGAUCUUCAUGUUUGGCCAGAUUUCCAUGGCAAUCGUUCUCCCAUAGCUAAUCCCAAUCUAAAAGGAAUGAUUUCUGGUCUCAAUAUGAAUGUGGAAGAAGAAUCUUUGGCCGUUUUAUAUUUAGCUUUUGUGCAAGCUUUAGCGUAUGGCACUCGCCACAUCAUUGAUAAUUUGCUCAAACAUCAACGUGUUCCCUUUCAUACUUUGCUUUUCUGUGGUGGCUUAGCUAAAAAUAAUCUGUAUGUACAAUGUCAUGCGGAUAUCUGCCAAUUGCCAGCUUUAAUCCCCGACGAACAGGAAAUGGUUCUGGUAGGUUCUGCUAUGUUGGGUGCAUGCGCUGCCAAAGUCUAUGAGGAUUUAGAAUCUGCUUCGGCCGCUAUGGGUGGUACGGGUAAAUUAGUUAUACCGCAAUUCGGCACUAAGGAAUAUCAUGAACGUAAAUAUCAAGUGUUCUUGGAAAUGUUAAAGGACCAAUAUAAAUACAAGGAUAUGAUGUAACUCACAAACUUUAAAAGCAUUUAAUUAAUAUAAUUAAAAAUUUAGUUCUUUUUUUAACUUACAUUUGUAGUUUUGUUAGAUGUUUAUUCUUUUGAUUUUGCUUUCUUUGAUAUAUAUAUAUAUAUUUGUAUGUACAUGAAAAAAUAAAUAAAUUAUAUAUUUUUA